GGCACCACUCCAACAAGAUGAUGCCCCGCCGCCAACCCAACGUUAUGGUGUUCAACACCAACCAGGAGAGUGAGAAGGGUCGCAAGGCUCAGCUCUCGAACAUUGCCGCUGCAAAGGCCGUGUCCGACGUGGUCCGGACGUGCCUUGGCCCGCGUGCCAUGCUCAAGAUGAUCCUGGAUCCGAUGGGCGGCAUUGUGAUGACCAAUGACGGCAACGCGAUCCUUCGUGAGAUCGACGUCAAGCAUCCGGCGGCCAAGUCGAUGAUCGAGCUGUCGCGGACGCAGGACGAGGAGGUCGGCGACGGAACGACGUCUGUGGCGAUUCUCGCCGGUGAGGUCAUGGCGUCUGCGGAGCUUUUCCUCGAGCGCAACAUGCACCCGAUUGUCAUCUGCUCGGCCUUCCGCCGCAUGCUCGACGACGCGGUCGACUACAUGGAGGAGCUCUCGUUCCCGAUCGACCCGAACGACCGGCCGUCGAUGAUGAACCUCAUCAAGUCGUGCCUGGGCACCAAGUUCUCGUCGCGGUGGAUGGAGCUGAUGUGCAACCUGGCGCUCGACGCCGUCAACACGGUCCACCUGGAGCAGGACGGCCGGACGGAGAUCGACAUCAAGCGGUACGCGCGCGUGGAGAAGAUCCCCGGCGGGACCAUGGAGGACUCGCGCGUCCUCUCGGGCGUCAUGAUCAACAAGGACAUUGUGCACCAGAAGAUGCGCCGCCGCAUCGAGAACCCGCGCAUCAUCCUCCUCGACUGCCCGCUCGAGUACAUCAAGGGCGAGUCCAAGACCGACAUCGAGAUCUCGGGCGAAGCCGACUUUAACCGCAUCCUCGAGCUCGAGGACGCCCACGUCCAGCGCCUCUGCGCCGACCUCCUCGCGCUCAAGCCCGACAUUGUCAUCACCGAGAAGGGCUGCUCUGACCUGGCGCAGCACUACCUGAUGAAGGCCAACGUGACUGUCAUCCGCCGGCUUCGCAAGACCGACAACAACCGCAUUGCCCGUGCCGUCGGCGCCACCAUCUGCCACCGCCCUGAGGAGGUCAAGGAGAGCGACGUCGGAACCGGGUGCGGCCUGUUUGACAUCCGCAAGAUCGGCGACGACUACUUUUCUUUCUUUGUCGAGUGCGAGGCGCCCAAGGCGGCCACCAUCCUUCUCCGCGGCGCGUCCAAGGACGUGCUCCAGGAGAUCGACCGCAACCUCCAGGACGCCAUGAACGUUGCCCGCAACGUUGUCUUUGACCCGCGCGUCGUCCCCGGCGGUGGCUCCAUUGAGAUGGCGCUCUCGCAGGCCCUCGUCCGCAAGUCCAAGUCUAUCGAGGGCAUCGAGCAGUGGCCCUACCGCGCCGCCGCCGAGGCCCUCGAGGUCAUCCCGCGCACAUUGGCCCAGAACUGCGGCGCCAACGUCAUUCGCCUCAUGACGGAGCUCCGCGCUGCCCACGCCUCGGGCGACAACGCCACCAUGGGCGUCAACGGCAUCACCGGCGAGCUCAUCGACAUGACCACCAUCGACAUCUGGGAGCCGUACGCAGUCAAGGUCCAGACCAUCAAGACCGCCGUCGAGCAGGCCACCCUCCUGCUCCGCAUCGACGAGAUCGUCUCGGGCCUCGCCCCGCAGCAGGCCGGUGGCCAGCAGGCCCCGCAGCCGCCCGCAGGCGGUCCUCCGGGCGGCAUGCCCAUGCCGCAGUAGUCGCCUCUCCCCAACCCCCCCAACCCCCCCAACCCCUCAUUCAUUCAUUGAACGUGCUUGCGCGCGC